AUGUCGUCCACUGAGGGCAUGAUCAACGGCGGAAGCUCAUCCGCAAAGGCUCCCGCUCCCGCCUACGCUCCCGAGCAUACGCAUGCACCUACCGAAGGCAAUGGAGGUUUCGUUUCUCAGAACAAGAUGUCCGUCGAGCCGCCCAAGAAGGAAGAUCUCCAGCGCAAGUAUGCGACUGUUGUUGAACACGAGGCCGGUACCAACGACUGGUACGGAGGCAUGAUGAACGUUCUCGGAGGUAUCGUCGGAACCAUGGGUGCUAUUCCCUGCUGCAUCAUUUGUCCCAACCCUUACAAGGAAGUCCACCAGGGCAACGUUGGGCUCGUCACCAAGUUCGGAAAAUUCUACAAGGCUGUUGACCCCGGUCUGGUCAAGAUCAACCCUCUCAGCGAGAAACUUCUCCAGAUCGAUGUCAAGAUUCAGACCACCGAAGUCCCAGAACAGAUUUGCAUGACCAAGGACAAUGUUACCCUUCGAUUGACCUCCGUCAUCUACUACCACAUUGUCUCUCCUCACAAGGCCGCGUUCGGUAUCAACAACGUCAAGCAAGCUCUCAUGGAGCGUACUCAGACCACUCUCCGCCACGUCGUCGGUGCUCGCGUUCUUCAGGAUGUUAUCGAGCGUCGUGAGGAGAUUGCUCAGUCGAUUGGAGAAAUCAUCGAGGAUGUCGCUGCCGGAUGGGGUGUCCAGGUUGAGAGCAUGCUCAUCAAGGAUAUUGUCUUCAGCCAGGAGUUGCAAGAGUCUCUCUCCAUGGCUGCUCAGAGCAAGCGUAUCGGUGAAAGCAAGAUCAUUGCCGCCAAGGCUGAGGUUGAAUCUGCCAAGCUCAUGCGACAGGCUGCCGACAUCUUAAGCUCGGCUCCUGCCAUGCAGAUCCGAUACCUCGAGGCCAUGCAGGCGAUGGCCAAGUCUGCCAACAGCAAGGUCAUCUUCUUGCCUGGUGCCAACCAGACCAUGGGCAACGCCCUCAAUGCCGCCAUGGCCAACGAAACUGGCGAGUCCAGUGGUAAUGCCUUUAGCGGGCAGCAAGACUUUGGAGGUCAGGACCCAGGUUUCCAACAGGCCAUGAACGCCCGCGUCGUGGAGAACAUCUAG